ACAAAUGAAUCCUUUGCGCUUCUGUGCCAGCAUCAAAGCUAGAUAGAUCGGUGGGACUUGUGUAAUGGGAUUUGCUUAUAUAUAGGUAGAGAGAUAGAGCUGAGCUACCGUUGCAAUGAACAAAAAUAUAGCAACAACACCGAGGAGAGAUAGAGCUACCGGAAGAACCGAGGGUGGUUUAGCUUUGAAGUUUGGUCUACCAAUGUUGCAAUGGUUCAAGGACAAGGACAUCCUAAUGUCAUGCAAAGCCGCGACCGACGUGGAGGCAGGAGCUGUGACGAAUCCCGUGCCGCCCAGGUGCAUGACGACCACACGCGCAGCGAUCUCCAGGGUCCGUGCGCAACUCCGUCGUGUCGACGAAGACGCAUUCACGCCGCACAGCGUGCUGAUCGGCCUUUACAACCAUCGUAAAGGUGUUUCCCAAUGGACGGAAGUGAAGGAGAAAGCCGUCGUCCAUCUGUUUCACGGUCAAGUGGAUGAGGUAAUGCGGGAGCUGAAAAGUCUAGAGGGUGAAGCAAGGAGGUGCUAUGCCCAUCUGCCCGACCCCAUUUUGUGUUGGGAGCACUUCUCAUUCUCACACAUGCUGCUGCACGAUGGCUGCUAUCUGCUCCUUUUGUUCUUAAGCUACAAGACAGAGGGACCUCAGUAUCCCGAGACGGCAGCCGGUGGAGUCUCCGACGGCGCCGUGGUGCGCGACACCGUGUUCCUUGUUGAGAAUCAAAUACCUCUCUUGGUGCUUGACAAGAUCCACCAGCUCGUCACAGGAGACACCGAUAGUUCCGUCCUCCAAAACAUAUCCGUUGCUGUCCAGGAGCUUCUGCAGGCACAACUCUACAUCAGCAAGAAGCCUCGGCCGGCGCCGCAGCAGUCGUCCCACUUGCUGCACCUGGUGCAUCACUACUUUCAGCCAACCAAUCCGCCUCCGGAAACGGCAGAGAACACGGCACGGCGCACAGGCCGGUGGCGACGGGCGACGGAGUACCGCUGCCACGGCAACGUUCGUUUCAAGCCAAAUGACUUGGUGGAAGGCAAGGAGUCCACCAUCCUGGACGUGAGCUAUCAAGGAGGUACGCUGUGGAUCCCUCGCCUGCAGGUUAACAGCAAUACGUGGACGAUCCUACGCAACCUGAUGGCUCUGGAGGAGCAGAUGACACGGCGGCCCGUGACGGCCUACUGCGUCUUCCUGUCGCAGGUGGCGGGUACGGUGGAGGAUGUCAAGCUCUUAGUUCGUGCCGGGAUCGUCCAACAAUUCCUGUCAAGUGAGAAGCAGGCCGCCCAAGACUUGGCAAACCUCUUAACAGGGGUGGAAUUGGAAGUGGACAACCUCGACCAAAACUACCUCAAGCCCAUAUGGCGCGACCUGGACAUGCGCUGCAACAAAUGGGUCAACAGAUUCAUGGGAACGUGCCGCGAACAGCACUGCCGUAACGGGUUGUACACCGUAGCAUUCGUUAUCACCGCCAUCCUCUUUGCCUGUGGAUUGCUGCAAGCGGUCUUUGCUGUCCUAAGCUACAAAUACAAGAAAUAGUAGUGCUGCUUCUCUCACGUUAAGGCAGCCGUUGCAUUUGUUUGAGUAGUUAGCCUUUUAUUUUUGUUGAGGGGUGUUUGAGUAGUUAGCCGAGCCACGAUUCCAGGACGUGCGAUUGCACUUUCCAACGGUUCGUGGCAUGAGUGGGUAGCCAAUUAUCUUUGUAAUAUUGUACGUUUGCUUGUUAUACAACGGCAUCUACUCAGCCGUCUGUAAUGCAUUCCAUCUCAAACUUUCUAUAAACAACUGUUUUGUUCCAACCGGCGGCAGGCCAGACACAGGGAACCGAGGUGCCCCGUGCUACAACCAUGGUGGCCCGGGGAGCUGCAACCGCGGCACCGGGAGAGCUGCAAACGGCGGUGCCCCAUGCUACACUCGCGGACUCAAAAAGCUACAUCCAGUCAGGGGUUUGCUGGAACCGGCAGGGGGAGAUGAUGGAACCAAUUUUGGUCAGGAGCUGCAAACGUUGCCGGGGGAAGGUCGAACCAGUGUCGCGGGAAGCUGAAACUGUUGGCUGGAAAUGCUAGAACCAGUAGGCAAAAAAGAUGGAACUGACAACCACCGGAUCUGCA